GGGAUGCGGGUGUGCGUUUGCUGGGAUUUCGAGGGCGAAGAUUCGACCAGCCUCUUUUGUGAUGAAGUAGAAGUGGGAAAAGAACAAUAUAGGGUAGUUUGUAAGCUGUACCACGAACACGUGUUACCUGUCAGAGGUUUGGUACAAGAUUUUCAGUUAGGCAUUGGGGAAUUAGUAAUAGAUUAGCUGGUGACGAGACCACAAACGAGAUUAGCAUCUAUUUGAUGAAAAUCACAGUAUUUAGUGAUUUUGCUUUUGUGUAUGACUUUGAUAGUCACUUAUUGUGCAUAAUUUGAUCUAGAUUAUUUAAAAUUAUUGAUUUAAUAGUUUAAUGAAUGAAUUGAAAUAUGAAUUGUGAUAAAUGCCCUCGUGAAGUGGUUUAUAGUUCACAUGAUAUACCUUAUAAAAUAGAUAAAAAUAUGAAAGAAGAUCCUGAAAUGUCGAAUCAAUCUUCAGAGCAUCCGGGUUACUGUGAUUCAAGUGAUAAUAGUGUCAUUAAUGACCAAAGAACUAAUUCGCGAUUAAUCUCUUCUUGCACAUCAAGUGUUUUUUCUAUUGACAGUAUAUUGGGUAAAAAAGAUGAUCGAAAACGUGAGUCUGAAGUAGAAAUUAAUGAAAAUUGUGAUGCAAAAAUCCUUAAAAGUGAUCAAGAGUUUAAGGAUCAAGGUAAUUUAGUACGACCUUUGAGCAUACCUACGAACUCUACGACUUUAUUUUAUGAUCACAGUGGUGGAAAUUAUCCAAAUGGAAUAACGUUCGAAGGAAUCGGAGACCCUGGAUAUUCUGCAGCCUCAUUAGCAUCAGCAUCUCUUAUUUAUAGCAGCUGGUUUAGCCAAACAAAAACUAAUCAAUUAUUUGGGCUCCAAGCACCAAAAUCAAAUGGAAGAAGGUCAAGAAAACCUGGAAUAGACCGAAAACCAAGGCAAGCUUAUAGUGCUAAACAACUAGAACGACUUGAAGCUGAAUUUAAGGUUGAUAAGUAUUUGAGUGUAAGCAAGCGUAUGGAACUAUCGAAAACUUUAAGUUUAACUGAAGUUCAGAUAAAAACAUGGUUCCAAAAUAGACGAACAAAAUGGAAAAAACAACUGACAUCUCGACUGAAAAUCGCCCAAAGGCAAGGUCUAUUUCCACCUGCUUAUCUAACACCUACACAAUACCCUUUGUUACCUUAUUAUGCUUCGCCUUUAAUAUUCAAUCCUUCAUCAUCCGACAAUAUAAUGCCAUCGUCAAUUUCUACUAAUCAUCCUAUAUCUGCUGAAGAAAUGGUUCAGAUUAAUUUAAGAGAUAUGUCUUUGUCUAGUGAUAAUAAUAAUUAAAUCAUUGAACUGCAUUUUAUGUAAGUUAAUAUCUUAUCAAAAAACUGAUCAGUAUGAAGUCCAGAUCGGUAAUACUAUUUGAUAUUAACGUAUAAACAUGAGUAUUGACUAAUGUUAACAUGAUGCUGAUGAUGCCAGCAAAGUUGUAUAAAUUAUAGCAAAAUUUGUUUAUUCUGUAAUUGAAUAUUGUUUUAAUUUGUGUUUUUACGUUCUUAAAAUAAGCUCCAUUGAUAAAUGUUUGUAUAAAAUAAUGAUAUAUGUAGUUAUUGUCAUUGAUUUGAUCUAGAUUAUGAUAAUUAUAAUGAAAAAUUCAUAUCUGUACAAUUUAGUAACUAUUGAA